AUGCAAAUGAUAAAUCACGAUGCAAAUGAUGUGCAAGAAAUAAAUCAUGAUGCGAAUGAUGUACAAGAAAUGAACCAUGGUACAAAUGAAGUACAAGAUAUGAAUUGCGAUGUGGAUAAAUUACAAGAAAUAAGCUGUGAUAUAGAUAUGCAAGAGGAUUUUUCCCAAGAUUAUUCCGCUCAAAUUAUCACAAUUGAAGAUUCUGAUGAUGAUUCUAGUAAAUGUCGAUAUUAUACUGUGCAAGAAAAAGAGAAAUGCAUUUAUGAUAAGGAUUUAAACAUUUAUGAUAAGGCUAUAAGAUUGUAA